CAGCCGCGGACAGCCGAGAAAACGAAACUAACGAGUCAGAUGCGUGCGUGCCUAUGCGUGAAAGAUGGACAGCGGUGCCGUGGCCGUGAAUCCGUUCACCCACGACUCGGAUACGGCGUGGAACCGACUGAAGGCGACCCAGACGGUACGUGCGGUCACCCCGCUCCCGCUGGACACUCCCGUCAAAGACGACGCGGUUCGUUUCGUGUGCAUCUCGGACACGCACAGCGCGAUCGAGCGGAUGCGCUACCCGAUACCCGACGGAGACGUGCUUCUACACGCCGGCGACUUCACAAAGAGGGGCCUUGCCGAAGAAGUAGACGCCUUCAGCCGGUUCCUGGCCACCCUUCCUCACAGGCACAAGUUCGUCAUAGCGGGAAAUCACGAGCUGUCCUUCGACCCGGCCACGACUGGCUAUUCACAGUCUCGUGCUCGAGCCGCGCUCGAGGAAGCCUGUUGCAAGGUCAAACGGCGGCUACUUAACUGCUCUUACCUGGAAGAUGCCGAGGCGACUGCGUGCGGCGUUAAGGUCUACGGAUCUCCUUGGGCUGUCUUGCAUCAGCUUGAAAUUCUUCUCCUUUUGACCUCAGGCCACGGCACGACAACCGACGGCGAGACCGUGUUUGUGAAUGCUGCCAUCUGCGAUGUGCGCUACCGGCCGGUCAAUGAACCGAUCAUCUUUGACGUCCCACUCCCAGCAGGUGUUUCAAAAGAUCACCACUGACUGAACCGGUGGACGCUUCAAAGACGUUUCGCAAGAAAAUGUGUCCGCUGGUCACAUCAUGUGCCAUUCGAGACAGUGCUUCGCUGUUAUUCCUGAAGCACAGAUUCUCAUAUUUUUUAUGCUGACUGGUAUCGCAGGGAGACAACGCAAAUAGAAGUGGACAUAGAGAGAAGGCAUAGGAUGGAUGCUGUGUCUUCAUCAGUAAUGUCCGGUUCUCCUGAGUGCUGUGUUCCCCAUUGAGUCUAUUGGAUCUAGCCCAUUACACCAUGUUACUUCAGUUUACUAGUAUCUUUUAAGGUAUAUACUACCAUGUGUGAUAUAUUCCAGCUUUUAUUGACUUUUUUACAGCCAUUUUAGAGUCAUACCUUUCUUCUUUGGGGUAUGGGGGGAGGAGGGACGGCUAGUGCGCUUGUUGAAAGUUAAUGCAUGCUCACACAGCGGAGCGGUGCUUUGAAUGUUUUCUGUUGUGUACUUGCAUGCAUAUCUUGAAUACCACCGAAGGGGUAUUAUUUUUUGCGUAUAUUUCAUGGUUGUUGAAUCUGCGUUGAAUGUGGUUGACAGCUCUCCAGAACAUCUCAAAAUAGUAGGGCCUGUUAUGUGAAUUAUUCGUGUAAUUUUAUAAUAUAAAGGGGCCCUGCAAUAUAAAGGGGCAUAUAAAGGGGCCCUGCAACACUUUCUGGACAUUGUCAGAAAUCGCUGCCGAUUUCUCGUCGUGGCUCUCAUGGCAAUGUAAUCCAAAUAGUAUUGCGCUGAAAGCUGGAGCAGUUUACAGUUUUGUAUCAAAGACGGCCAGAUAUCGCUUGCUCUUCUAUAGCAGAACUAUGUAUUAGGGUGGAGUAGGCAGGUAUGACAGGUAUUGGUUGAUUGUAUGAAUGACUGGUUGCUUUUAUUGGUUGGUUUUACCAACAUCGUUCCACUGUUGAAGUCAUGUACUGUAUUGUGUUCCUACCAUUGCGACCCACGUUACAUGGCUUUUUAUGUGCCUGCUUAAAAACAAAUGACCAGAACAACUUGCAAAGUCUUGAACAAAUGAAAGUAUUUGUGUUUAUUCACUUGGUACAAAAGAAUCGCUGCAUAUCUUGGCUUUAAAUUGAAGUUACUUAGCAACAACAGGCUGACUGCAGUUAAGGUUUCAUCACCACAUAAUCUAGGUGUUCUGGUGAACACUGUAUGCCUAAACACGGUAGAAAUUAUCUCUCCAGCAACAAAAAUUUUCUGAUCGUAUGCUAGUUUAGGGCACCUGUUUGUUCAAGUCUUUCUGGUGCACUGUAGGACAAGUCAUGUGCAAUGUAUCGCCAUAAAUAUUUUUUUGGUAGUGUCAGGAUCCUUUGCAAAUUGAAAGAUUAUACAUCUCGUGAUGGAACACUGGCCGUAGUUUUGUACUUAAAAAUGCCCUACCAGUGUUUGCUAGCUAGUCUGAAGUAACGUGCCACUAAAAAGAAAUGCCUGUUUGUCUUUCAUCGUUUCAUAGUUACAUUCAAAGUAUUAACAGGCAUUGCACUGUUUUAAUAGCUUUUCUUGCAUAUCAAAAAGGACUCUUUGUUAUUGAACUUGUACAUUUAGCAUGUCUACGUCAGCAUUAUUGUAUGUUAGUGGAUGAUGCCAUUACACGUCUUUGCUUUGGAGAUCUUGCAUUUUUGAAAAGUAGGGUGUGCGAAUAUCAUAUAUUCUCAGAGUGACAUCAGUGACUUUGUUAGUCUUUUUUCCUUUUUCACUUUACGGCUGUUGAAUUGGUUCCCUUGAAAAUAUCGUUCUUGAAAUGGAGCGCAUUGACAAGCGUGUUAAUUAAGCUGGUUGCAGUGUGAAACGCUUAGGCGGCAUUUCUGCCCUUAUCGGCGUGCGGAGGUGUUGCUGCAGGAAGCUUUGUUGUAGCGGGAAAGAGAGACAGCAGGAGCAGCUAGAAGACUACGACAAAAAGCCGAGAAAGGGCGUGACUUUGAUUAACGCACCUGAAAUUAGGAAGUUGGUUCUUGUCAGUAAACCCCAUUAUACUGCAUACAAACGAAAUGUUUUUACGUGCGCUGACAGUACGGUUCCCUCAUAACAAAGCCAAACCACAUUUGCACAACCCUAUCAUCAAGUGCAUACUAAUUUAUUUCUUGCUUUUACUUGCUUCCCAGAACAAACUACUAGUAUUGUUCCAGCAUGAUUCCUUGCUGGUGCAAACAUGUUAUUUACAGGCAUGUAUUUAUCUGGCAAAAACCAAAUAAUUUCGUGUAGGCUCCACCCAUUAACACCAACAUGUACCCAAGGCAAUAACUGACAAACACUUGCAUUGCCUGAUUUAUGUCGUGCCUAGUGUUCUUGCUAGUUUCAGAUGGUUAAUUUUACUGCACAGAUGCAUCUUUUGUGUUGGUUUUAGUAUGAAGAUUGAAUUUUCUGGUAAGUUUUUUGGGAGAUCCUGAUAUUACUGUUGAGCCAAAUGUGAUAUUGCAGCUAUGGACAUGCAACAUUUAUUUUCUAAUGUGUCUAGAGCUCAUGUUGGCCAGCCUCAAGUUGAAUGGCUCUUGUACUGCGGCAACCGGAGGUUCACCGCAGUUUUGUUGGCGGAGCUUGUAUUGAAAAUCUUGCACUGAUUUGUCAACUGCGCUUGGCAACUAUUAGUUAGUUGUCCACUUGUUCACAUGCUCGGCAGAGUUACUGUAAAUAAAUUGAUUUUUUAUCAC